AUGGGUCAAGUCAAACACUCACAAGAUCAGAUCUUGAGCAGCGUCACAACACUCUGUACGAAGCUCAAUACACUGAUCGACACCCGCUUGCAUAUCGAUCCAUCCCGUGUCGCAACUAGUACGCAAGGCCCUGGGUAUGUGCCAACUGGCAGCAGGGCUGACAAUCGAAACAUACCAAGUUCCGUGCAAGCUUCCGUGCCCCUCACGACAACCUUGGACCCGCGUAUCACCCGUACGGUUCCACAGGAGAUCGCACCGGCGAAUAACCGGGUCUGUAUCAACCUGGAUGGGCAGGACAUCUACUUCGACAAAUCGGACUUACCUGAUCCCCCUGCGGUGCACUUCUCCGACAACAUCUCUGCGCUUUUCCGCGAAUGGCAUGAAUCACGCCGGUUGGUCGUUGCCGGACACGGGAUCCCCAUCAAGUACUGGGAUAAGUUGUAUCAGAAGCGGAAUGGAUUUGUGAACACGGAUGCAUGGCGCGCGAUCAAAGUCGAGUGGGGGAAUUGGAAGUUCCUUGUUGACGAACAUGCGCGGUUCCCGACGGACGAGGCAUUUUGGGAUGCGCACAGCAACGAGAAAGGCGAGCGAAUGUCGUACCAGCACAUUCUCGACAAGUUGCAGCAUAGUCGGUGCUGCACAGACGACGCUGACUACAGCGCCGCAAUCCAGUACUUCCAGGGCAAUCUGGAACAUCCCGACGCCCGCGGUGCCUUCAAGUACAAGAAGGGAGGGGUCUGGCGAGUGGCGUCGAGGAAGCUCGUUGUCGCGAGAAUUUGGCGCAAGCUGUUAGAACAAGACCCAGAGGUUCGAGCGAAGUGGGUCGCCAUGCAAGUGAAUGGCCCGCCGGGCGAGUAG